AUGGCGUCCUCUGCAACUCUACUGGAGAAAGUGCCUAAGCCGUGGGCGGCGCUGGUGCGGCCAUUCCUGCAGCGCUCGCACGAGUUCGAAGACAAGGCGCCGCUCGUGGCGUACUACCUGCGCACGCACGUCGCCUUCCUGUGCAUGCGGCAGCGGAGCAAGGAAGACAAGGAAGGCACCGCCUUCCUCAUGACCCUGCUUGACGAGCUGGAGGCGAGCAAGGCGCACCUCGGUACGCAGCUGCAAGGCGUUGAUGGGCGGACGGUGCUCACCAAGUUUGCACUCAUGCUCUUCGCCCGCGCCGAUGACGCGGAACGGACCGGGAACGCGUCCAUGGCGAUUGUGCGCCUCUUCUACACCGCGUCCAUACUGUUCGAGGCGACGGCGCAGUUCACCGACGACGGUGCCAUGGACUCCAUUGCGGCACAGAAAAGCAAGUACGCCAAGUACAUCGCCACCCGCAUGAAGAAGGCACUCGGCAAGAAUGAGGCCUACGUGAGCCCCAACAAGCUGGAGGCGGCGGACGAGGAUGCGGCGGACGAGGAUGCGGCGGACGGUGUCGGCGACGCGAAUGGCGCGGGCCAGGCGACAACGUUCACGACGGCGCCGGCGAGCUGCUUCAUGCGGCCGACAUCGCAGCCCACGUCCGACUCCAACCGGGCGCCAGCGCCAAGCACCGCGCACGAAAACUUACCUGCCCCGCCGUAUACGCCUCCACCGGCGACGCAGAAGCUUGACACGCCGCCGCCACCGUACACUCAGGGAAAAAGCAAGACACCAGUGCAGCCAUCUCCCAUGAAGAACAAGUACGCGCCACCGCAGCCUCAGCACCCAUCACAGCAGAAGCAACAGCAGCAGCGGCUCUCCACCAGCUCGGCAGUGCCGAGCCUCCCGCCGCAGCCGUCCUCCGCGCAGCAGCGGUACGCGGCUCCGCCGAGCGCCAGCGGCGGCGGCGGCGCGACCGGCUUCAAGCCCUCCAUAGACCAGAUGAUCGACGCCCAGAAGUUGGCCAGCCAGGCAGUGAGUGCGCUUCAAUUCUAUGAUUACGAAAAUGCGAAGCAGCAACUGGUGGCGUCGCUGCGAGUGCUGAACGGGGUUCAGUGA